ACUACGGACGCGUUUACGAUUACACGCUUAGGAUUCACGAUAUGAUUAUAUUAACUGCAGAGUGCAGACGGAGUGGUAAAAAAAGGACAUUCAACUCAAAUAUAACAAGGUAUUUGGUGUAAUAAAACAAGUUAAGAUACAGUUUUAAGUACUGCGAAUCGAUGGACACAAUUUUUGUUAGAUUAGAGUCUGUAUGUGCUGUAUAGAUAUCUGAAGUAUUGAUAAACCUUGAAUUUUGAAAUCGAAAGUAGACAGAGGUUGAAACAAACUUUUCUACAAUGGCGACAGGCGGACUACAUGAAUCAAACCGAGGCAACGCAAGCGACUUUUUUGGAGAGUGUGCCAUUACACAAUCUUGCGAACCAUGUAUGAAAGCCAACAUAGCGAAAGCAGCUACUGUUUUGUGCAAGGAUUGCAAUGAGUAUUUGUGUGAAACUUGCAGAAAUCCACACAUCAUUUAUAAAGGAGGAAAGCAUGGUGUGGUCAGUAUUCAGGACAAGGAAUCGUCCACUGUGGUAGUGGACAUGAAAGGAAUGGACAAAUGUUCGCAGCACGGUAAGGGAUUCGAGUUUUACUGUGAAGAUCAUUGUAAGCUCUGCUGCACUACAUGUGUUAUCGAACACCGAAAGUGUGAACAAUGGGAUGAAAUAGCUAGCAUUUCCGGACAGAAAAGAGCACAGCUUCAUGGAUUGAGACAGUCUUUCUUAAAAUUGAAAUCCGAUGCUGGCGCUAUUGUUGCCGAAUGUAAGCAGUCAGAAAAAGAUUUGAAUGCAUCAGUUGCGGACGUAUCGAAAGAUAUCGACGAAAUGAAAGAGCGUAUGAUAAAACUCUUUGACGCUGCGAAACGUGAAUUGCUUACCGAAGCAAACGCUUUAAAGAGUGAAGAAGUGAAGAGACUUAGUAUAAUGCAAUCUGUCUCUACAACAGUUAUUGAAGAAAUAAAUCAACUGUUUCCAAUGUGCUCUUCUAUUGCAGACAACGGUACACCUCAGCAAAUGUUUAUAUUAUCAAAACAGGUUGAGGAGAAAAAUAAAAUGAUCGAAUCUAAAAUAAACGAACAACGAAUUACGCAAGUUUCAUCAACAGUGACAUUGGCGUAUACGGGAGAGCUGUCGUCGAUUUUUGAAAUGGGAACGAAAUUCAUGAAAGUGAAUUUGGAACGAAGAGGAAAUCCCAGUUCCAUCAGUUCACUAUCCCAGUCGAGGCCAGUCACCCUGGAGCUGAUCGUGUCAUUGAAUCUACCAAAGUCUGAAGAUAAUGAAGACGAACCUUUGCUCACUGGAGUAGACUUCCUGUCGGACGGAAGACUGGUAGCUUUGGAUAACAGUAACAAGAAAUGUAUGAUACUGAGCGAAGGGCUGAGGAGACUCGGAACACCAUACACGUUAGAGUCUCGCCCCAGAGAUGUAGCAGUUUUGUCUAAUAGUGAAAUAGUAGUGACAUGUGUUAAAUGUUUACGUUUUUUAUCAGUGAGUUCAGACAAUGUCAUCAGUCUGACUAGGCAAAUUAAAACAUCGUCGAGUUUCUUCUCUAUAUGCUGCAAGACGCCAACACAAAUGGUCGUGAGUACGAGCGAUGAUAUCCGUAAUGUUAGAAUGAUAUCUGUGGACGGAGUUGAGACUGACUUUCAGCAAGUGGAGUUUCCAAAGAAGACGUAUAAAUUAGGUUAUAGUUAUAGUACGUAUGUCCAGUCCAAGAACACGUUAGUACUGACUGACAGGCUUGAUAACACAGUGUACAUGUACGACACCGUGAAGGGCACGUCUAGAGCAGUCACUAAUGGGAACAUACAGGAACCACGUGGUGCCUGUGUCGGACCAGGUGAUACGGUCAUGGUGUGCAGUAACUUUAUGAACUCUGUUGUGCACCUGACUGUAGACGGUGACUUCCUGUGUACAUACCCCGUGGAUAUGAAGUACCCAUGCACCAUAUGUGUGUCUAGGGAUGGGACUAGGCUGGCGGUGUCCAACUGCGUUUCUGGGGACAAAAAACUUAAGCUUUAUAAAAUCAUACCAACACUCAAUAACUAGAAUGUGAUCACAGAUCAGCUGCUAUCUAUGUGGUCAUUGAACUUCAUCAUUGAUCAGCACUUGACGGUUUGUUGGAGUAUGUGUUUGAUCAAUGGACGGUUACAAAUACAUUGAUGUAAAUGAUUUUAAUCAGUUUGUACUAAUAAUAGAAAUAGUGACAGUAUUAUUCAUAAUUGUGUCGUUAACAAAAGAAAUGUACACAUAUAAUUAUUUUGAAGAAUAACGUGCCAUUUACACAAUAUAAUAUUUAAAUCCAUGUACAAAUGCACACAUUGUUCUGAAUUGCUAAUUUGAAUUUAGCUGUUUGCUCGCGCAUUGUUUUAACAUUUCAACAAUUUGACCAUCAUCGGCUAGACGUCAGGCAAAAUUACGGUAUUAUAAUAAAUGAUUGUAUAGAUAAUGCUUAACUUUUAUUUUAAGUUACCAUAGGUAUAUCUUUAUCGUAACUACAACUGAAUUUCGAUAUUUUACUAACUUAAGUACAAAAAUGUGAAUCACCCAAAAAUGUAUCCUCUUUAUUCAUUUAUUUAAAUGAAAUACAUACUAUUAAGUCAUGGAUAUAACUCAAAUGUUUGAUUGAAUCGUUUCUUUUUGCCCCUUAACGUAGUUCACAAUAUGUUUCUGUAUGUUAGUGUAUAUGUUCUAUUAACACAAAUAUUUAUGUGCAUGUUUACGUUGGAUUCUUUCAAAUACGUCAUACUAUUUGUGCUUCUUUGCUUUAUAAAUAGUGGACACGAACGGUUUUGACACUACACGGGAUACUAGGUAUGUGUAUUGUAAAACAAAAUUUCAAUAACUAACAUACGUAUUGACCAAGCUUCAAUAAUUCAUUUAAACGAUUUUAACCUUUGAAAACAGAGCUAGUUUGGAUCAACGCAUCAUUACUCACGAUCAUAGUGAUUUUUUUUUUUAUUAGAUAUCAACUAUUCAUUGUAUUUAUAUUGUUGAAUUAAAUGAAUCCCUUACUUUUUAAAGUAUUACUCAACUCACUAUGCAUUUUAUGUGCUAUUGUUUGGGUGUCAAAUAUGAAAACUUAUUUAUAUUCCAUGCACUACUUCAAAAAAUAGGGAAUUCAUUUACUUGCCUUACUUUUUUACAGUAUCGUCUUUACAUGACAUUUGCGUAAUGUUUUAGCUUAUGGGAUUACUCUUAUAUAUCAAAAUCGAAACUACAUAACAUUGUUAGGCCGUUUUAUAUUACAUUUUUGUCUUCCUUGUUAAAAUGAGUUCAUUUCCAAGCACAACAAAUGCAUGUGGGUGAUCUAAUUAGAAAAUUCUGAAGUAUUAAUUUUGAGAUUCGUCUAAAUCAAGGCUAUAAUUAAGUACUACAUAGUUUAAAUUAUGUCCAUGAACAUUGCUCCAUUGUUCGAAUGACUUUUCACGAAAUUAUAUUCCACCAUGCUUUUAAGCAAAUGGGCCGUGCUCUGUGACAAGGGGGAAGAAAGUCUCUUCUUAGCAAAAAUCAAGUUUAGGCAGAAAGUGUAGUCCCUGAUUAGCCUGUGUGGACUGCACAGGCUCAUCUGGGACGACACUUUACGCACAUGCAUUAAAACCCCUUUUCACAGAACACUGCUCAAAUACUUAAAAAUAAUUAUGUAAUAUGUACACACUAUUAUGGUUGGCGAGUUAUGCAAUAAUACAUUGUAAUGGAUCCAUGUGCAACCAUUGGUUUUACAUUUAGUUUUUUUUAUGACGAAAGAAUAAUAUUUAACAUAUUACAACAAACGUUGAUAUCACAUUAAUGAACAUUGUUCAUUUAUUGUUUAGCAUUUCCACAUCAUUUAUAGCAACUAAAUCAAUUCAAAUAAAACAAAAUAGUAUACUUUUGUUUCGUAAGUACCCAUAACAUUAUAAAAACAAUACGAAACAAGAUGUGUUUGUGAAACACUAUGUCCCCCCAUAUAUUUGACCUUUGACCUUGACGGAUGACCAUGACCUUUCACCACUAAAAAUGUGCAGCUGCAUGAGAUACACAUGCAUUCCACAUAUCAAGUUGCUAUCUUCAAUAUUGCAAAAGUUAUGGCCAAUGUUAAAGUUUGACGCAAUAAAAAAA